GGCGCGCAACUGUUUAAAACUGUCAUAUAAGACCGAUGGAAAUCAUUCAGUAACUAGUUGACAAGUUAUUCUUUUCUUCUGCUUCUCCAAACAUCGCUCAAAAGGUGCACUUGUUUUACUAAAAUGUCGUCUGUGAGGUUUGGACGACAACAGCAUCCCAAAGGAAAGAGGAUCUUGCAACCUAAAAAGACAGCGCCUUCAAAGAAAGAAUGGGUGAGCACAGUAAACGACCUGUCUGUCCACAAGCUGACACCUGCAGAACUGAGUCACAGACAUGAGAUGAUGAAGUCACAUAACAAAGUUUCAGCUCAGUGGGACUUGAGGGAAAAAGCUUUAAAACGUCGCCUUAGACAUGGGAGCCCAUCGCCGCUGGACCAGACUAGUCUCAGCAUCAUCAGAGAGGUCCUCUCUGAUCAGAUGCUGUUGCAGGAUGUCCUAGCUCGUUCUGAUAGGGCCAUGUCUGUUGUCAAGGACAUUUUUGGAGAUGCCCCCCACAGACAGGCUGGUCACCCUAAUGUAACCAUGGCACCAAACUGCAGUUCUGACUCAGUGCUUCCUGUGUUUCAACGAUUAGAUCCUCCCACUGAGCUCUCACUGCUUAGUCAGUCUAUGAUGGACCCACAGGCUCUUAAUGAGUUUGGCUAUUCUGAUGAAGAGGAUUGUGUUCAAAAGGACAACGUCAUACGAAGAACUAAUAUUCGCAAAAUGAAGUCAAGAACCACAGGCAAAGUGGUCAGGAAUCAGACUGCCAACAGUAUUCCAGUAACUCCAAAGGGAGCCAGCAAGGCCCCAGACCAACGAGCUCUUAAUGCCACUGUGGCUGUUCAGCGGGUCAGACGCUCACAUAGACAGGAAAUGGAAAGCAAUGAUGGAGAAAUGAUUUCUCAAGUGCUCAAUCCUGAGCAUUCUACAGGCCAUUCAGGCAGCGUCAAAAGUUCAGUGAGAAAAACAAAGAAAUGUGCUGAUCGGAGCUCAGAGCUGGAUGGUUCUUCCUUCACUUCUCUCAGUAGAGACCAGUCCAGUUUGGGUCUGUUGCAGUGCAUGCUGGAACAAGUGGAGGCAGACUUGGAUGGCUGUAGUCCGGAUACAAUCCCCACAUCAGAUCACUGUGUCCACCCAAACAGGACCAAAGGGCUCACUGGAUUCUCUGUGGCUUUAGUUUCAAGUUUAGGGCGACUGGUGCACCUCUUUAAGCAGAACCAAGAGGAGUGUCAAAAGGCUGCUUUGGAAAGAAGACAAUUUGAAGAAGAAUUAAGGAAGCAACAAGGAUUGAUCCAUGCACUUACUGCAGAAAAUACUGCUUUGAGAGAGGAGACAGCCACUUUAAAGUCUCAUUUUCAGCAGAGGAUAGAAGAGAUAGAAGAGAAAGUAGACACUGUGGUGUUGGUGAUGGGUAGCACUGAGAUGCCUUGUGCCCCAACACAGGAACCUGUCCCAGCUGCAAGACUGUCUAGAGCUCUAGUUGCUGAGAGAGAUGAUGUCCAAACAGAAAUGACACCUGUGGUCCUGCUCUCACCUCCUCAACAGAGAGAUCACUGGACACAUGUAGCAGUAGAAGCUCAUCCUAUUCCCGCUCAGCUCUUGCAUUCUUCUGAAAGCAUCAAAGCUUUGGGCUCAAACCUCACCAGCUUGCCCUCCACAUCUUCAGUCUCACUUUCGCCUCUGAGCUCUAAACUGUCCACAGAGGCCAUGAUGGCAGAGAUUGCUCAGCUCAGUCGACAGAAUGAGCUUAUCAAGGCACAGCUGAGUCAGGCCCAGAGUCAUAGAGUGUCUCCCAGCAACAGUUACCUGGAGGAGAGGAGCUUGAGCAGUGGAAGCAAAGGCUCACCUCACAGUGCUGCAGACCGAAGGGGGUUUGGGCCCAGUGUUGCCAGCUCCACACAGCCGACUGAAAGUGAACAACAGGCAGAGACAAGCAUCCUCAAUAUGAGUAGUGUGGAACAGCGCCUCCUGGAGUUGAACAGACAAAGUGCAGCAGCCAGGACUCGAUUACUUGAGAUUAUCGACCAACAAAAACGCAUAACAUCAGCUAAACUGUCUCCUUCUGUUUCCCCCGUCCCACACUCAGAUGUCAGUCCAGUUACAGAUCGUAGAGCAAGUUCAGAAAUCUGUCUGCUGCAGGAGCCCAUGCUGCCAACUAAAGAAGCUGCUUUUAAUGAACCAUCACCUUCUCAAAGUCUCAGAAGCAACAAAGGAACAAAGGAUGAGAAGCAGAAGUCACCAGACGGCUGGUUUUCCCUGUCAACUCAUCUCCGAUGACAAGAGGCAAUGUGUGAAUUUACAAACUGAGAUUGUUUUUAUUAUUUUAAUAUUAUUAUAUUUUAACAUUUUUAUCUAGACUGAAAUAAAUACUUU